UACUCCCAACCAGUAGAAGAAAGAAAAAGGUUUGCUGCUUUCUCAAACCCCAACCACUCGAGCUAAAAUGAGGGAAAUCGUGCAUCUUCAAGCUGGACAAUGCGGAAACCAGAUUGGAGCCAAGUUCUGGGAGGUGAUCAGCGAUGAGCAUGGUAUUGAUCCCACUGGCACAUAUCAUGGAGACAGCGACCUUCAGCUCGACAGAAUCAAUGUUUAUUACAACGAGGCAUCAGGAGGCAAAUAUGUGCCCCGUGCCGUGUUGGUGGAUCUGGAGCCUGGUACUAUGGACUCUGUGAGGUCCGGACCCUUUGGUCAGGUUUUCAGACCAGAUAACUUUGUUUUUGGUCAGAGUGGUGCUGGAAACAACUGGGCUAAAGGCCACUACACAGAGGGAGCGGAGCUUGUGGACUCUGUCCUGGAUGUGGUUCGCAAAGAGGCCGAGAGCUGCGAUUGCCUGCAGGGCUUCCAGCUCACCCACUCCCUCGGUGGAGGAACAGGCUCUGGUAUGGGCACCCUCCUCAUCAGCAAGAUCCGUGAGGAGUAUCCCGACCGCAUCAUGAACACCUUUAGCGUGGUGCCCUCACCAAAAGUGUCCGACACAGUGGUGGAGCCCUACAACGCCACGCUGUCUGUCCACCAGCUGGUUGAAAACACAGACGAGACCUACUGCAUUGACAACGAGGCUCUUUAUGACAUCUGCUUCCGCACGCUCAAACUCACCACACCUUCAUACGGUGAUCUCAACCAUCUCGUUUCUGCCACCAUGAGUGGCGUGACCACCUGCCUCCGGUUCCCCGGCCAGCUCAAUGCUGAUCUCCGCAAACUGGCUGUCAACAUGGUGCCCUUCCCUCGUCUCCACUUCUUCAUGCCCGGCUUCGCUCCUCUGACCAGCAGGGGGAGCCAGCAGUACCGCUCUCUAACCGUACCCGAGCUCACACAGCAGAUGUUUGAUGCUAAAAACAUGAUGGCUGCGUGCGACCCGCGUCACGGCCGCUACCUCACAGUCGCCGCCAUCUUCCGUGGCCGCAUGUCUAUGAAGGAGGUCGACGAGCAGAUGCUCAAUGUUCAAAACAAGAACAGUAGCUACUUUGUCGAAUGGAUCCCCAAUAACGUCAAGACCGCCGUUUGUGACAUCCCUCCACGUGGCCUGAAAAUGGCCGCCACCUUCAUCGGCAACAGCACUGCCAUCCAGGAGCUCUUCAAGCGCAUCUCCGAGCAGUUCACGGCUAUGUUCAGGCGUAAGGCUUUCCUCCAUUGGUACACAGGCGAAGGUAUGGAUGAGAUGGAGUUCACAGAGGCUGAAAGCAACAUGAACGACCUGGUGUCCGAGUACCAGCAGUACCAAGACGCCACCGCCGAGGAGGAGGGCGAGUUUGAGGAGGAGGGAGAGGAAGAGCUGGCUUAAAUCGCUUUAAUAUAUGUGUCGUUUUCCAGGCUGUAUCAUUUUGCUCAAGUACAAGGAAAAUAAACCUUCCAAAGUCCUUUUUCUUUGUCCUACUCUUCCUCAUGUUUGUACAGAUGUCAAUAAAAGGCUGUUUCUUCUGUUAA